AUGACUCAACAAAAGCAAACGGAAAUGUCAAAUUCAAUUGCUGAUCAAACAAUGGUCAAGGAUGAUCAGGAUGAACAACAUAAAUGCGGAGUAGAUGAUCAUCCAACGACUCGUACAGCCGAAUUGGUUGAUGAUAUGGUUUUUCAUAUUUUGCAAUAUAUUGAUUCCGAAACAAUCCUCCGAGUGUGUAUGCUCAUUUCAAAACAAUGGUAUUCAAAAUCACUUGAAAUUCCGUUGAGUUUGGAUUUUUCGGCAGGAAAGAGGCUUGAUCCGGAUACUUUGGCCUCCAUGGUUUCGUGUCCAAAUAUAAAGAACUUAACCUUUCUUGAUCUGUACGAUAGCCAGAUCAAACAUGAAUCUAUAUUGCUGCUCACAUCGAGCAAAUAUUUAAGUAAUCUUCAAGAGUUGUUAUUAGAUUGGAACGAUUUGUCAGCGGAUGAUAUUAUUGCGAUUGCGAAUAACAAAUACUUUUCAAAUUUGACAACGUUGAACAUGGAAGAAAAUCAAUCAAGUGAAACUAGUAUAAAGGCCAUCGCAGAGAGCAAGUAUUUGAAAAAAUUGAAAACGCUUCACCUGGGAUAUGGACAGCUUGGUAAUGACGGAGUCAAUAUGCUUUUGCGAAGUGAAAACUUGCAUAAUCUUACUGAACUACAUUUAGGAGAUGUCUCCAUGAAUGAAGCAGGAAUACAAGAGCUUGUAGCACCAACAUCUCGAAUUGAAAAUUUAGUUAUACUUGAUUUGCAUUUGGCCAAUCUUGAAGAUGAGGGAGUGGCAACACUUGUUAGAUGUGAAAGGUUGAAAAAUCUCACCUCACUCGAUAUCUAUCAAACAGAGGUUACACAUAAAGGGGUUAAAGCGCUCACUAAUAGCCCUUACAUGAAAAAUCUCACACAUAUUGAUCUGGGAUAUAACGAAAUCGGACCUGAAGGCAUUAAACUGAUUGCCAGUAGCGAAAACAUGAAAAGUUUAAAGAAACUACAAUUGGAUGAAACAUCUUUGAAAGUAGAGGGAAUUCGACAUUUAGCUUCAAGCAAUCUGAUGCAAAAUUUAGCGAGUUUAAGUGUAGAGUAUUGCUCUAUAAAUAGUGAAGGGCUAAAAUUGCUUAGUGAAAGCGAGCAUUUGAAAAACUUAACCAAAUUGUCAAUUGGAGGCAACAACAUACAGGUUGAAGGCAUUCGAGCACUGACAGAAAGCAAAUAUUUAAGGUUGAAAAAGCUCGAUUUAGCAGAAAAUGAUGUUGGCGAUGAAGCAGCUCAGCUGAUCGCCUGCAGUGAAACCAUGAAAAACUUGACGAAAUUGUUUUUAAAUAUGAACAAGAUUAAGCCAGAAGGGGUCAAAUACAUUGCGAAUAGCCCGUAUAUGAAAAAUUUAAAAGUUUUGCAUUUAGGACACAAUGAGAUUGGAGAUGAUGGAGCCACCUAUAUUGCAAAUAGUUCAUUCCUGACACACUUGACUGAUUUAGAUUUAGCCAGCAACGGUCUUACAGACAUUAGCCUCCAUGCAAUUUCGAAAAGCUACAUUUUGCAAAAAUUGACAUCACUGAGUCUAGAUUUCAACGAGCAUUCCGAAGAGGGCCUUAAAUCUAUUGCCUUCAGCGAAUGUUUAACAUUACAACUUACCGAUUUAAGCAUUUCCACAAAUAUUUUAAAGGAAAAACAACGGUUUAAAGAUCUUUCAGAAAUAUCUUUGAAGAAACUGAGAAAGUAUAUGUUGAAUUUAGAAUUGAAUUCAGAAUUGAAUUUAGAACAUCUAAAUAAUAAUAAUAAUGACAAACGCUCAAAAGUGACAACCUCUUUACGGUGGUACGUGGCUCCUCUUUCUGUACUGAUUGCUUUAUUGUCAAUUGGUUUCUUUUAUUACGGAUGA